AUGCUUGGUCUACUUUUGUUAUGUGAUAAUAAUUGGGCCUUGGCUGCGUCUGGUGGUAGAAUUGGCGGUAGCGCCUUCUCGUCUAGGUCUCAGAGUUCUAAGAGCUCUUCUUCCUCUUCUACAACGUUUUCUAAGUCGUCAUCGUCAUCAGUUCGAGCUACUCUUCGCCAUCGUAUCAGGUUCGAGCUACUCGUCGCCAUCGUCAUCAGGUUCGAGCUACUCGUCGCCAUCGUCAUCAGCUUCGAGCUACUCGUCUACACACUCGGAAAACUCCUGUUACUUGGAACCAAGAUUAUGGGUAUCGGCUCCAAGCUCCAUGGACUCAGCUCCGAGCUCCUCGGAAUCGGCUUCGAGAUCCGAGAAAAGUCACAGAACCACAUUCUAACCAAUGCUAAGACAACUAGCGUCCUUAGACUACAGGUGGGGUUGCUUGGCUCAGCGAGGACCUUACAACAAGAUUUCAAUAGCCUUGCUGAAACUGCAGAUACAUCCACACCGGAGGGUCUAAGCUAUGUUUUAACCGGGAUAACAUUGGCUUUGUUGAGGCACCCGGACUAUUGCAUCUCUUGUUAUUCAUCAGUGGAUGUGAAGCCGUGUAUAGAAGAAGGAGAGAAGCAAUUUAAUCAACUCUCCGUUGAAGAACGGGGAAAAUUCGACGAGGAAACGCUUGUUAACGUGAAUAGCAAAAAGAUACGAAGCUCAAAGAUUCAUAGAGCUAGCGGUUUGAACAAUGAAUAUAUUGUGGUAACCAUAUUGGUCGCUACAGAGGGUACACUUAAACUGGAGACAAUAAAGGGAAGUGGAGAUUUGAAGGAAGCCUUACAUAAACUCGGGUUGAUACCGAGUAACAAAAUAUUGGCAGUAGAAAUACUGUGGACACCACAAGACGAGAAUGAUGUUUUGUCAGAAAAGGAACUACUUGAAGAUUACCCACUUUUGAAGCCUUUAAUUUCUACUAGUUAA